AUGGUGCCUUCAAGAUCUUCCAUACUUUCAAUACUUGUGGCCCUACUCCUAUCUCCAUUAAUAGUUUCACUUCCAAUUCAGGAUAGGUUUCUAAAAUGUCUCUCAAAAUAUUCAGAUACAUCCUUUCCUUUUUCCACUGUCUUGUAUACUCCACAAAACUCUUCUUUCACUAGUGUCUUGCAAUCUUAUGCUCAAAACCUCAGGUUCACCUUGCCUUCAGUACCGAAACCCGAGUUUAUCUUCACUCCUUUACAAGAAUCUCACAUCCAAGCUGUUGUUAUUUGCUCUAAGCAGCUUGAGAUCCACCUUAGAGUCCGUAGCGGAGGGCAUGAUUAUGAGGGACUCUCUUAUGUUUCAGAAAUCGAGAAACCUUUCAUUGUUGUAGACCUUGCAAAGCUACGGUCCAUCAGCGUUGAUAUUGAGCACAACAGCGCGUGGGUUCAGGUGGGUGCCACGAAUGGUGAACUUUACUACAGAAUUUCUGAGAAAAGCAAAACCCAUGGCUUCCCAGCUGGUAGUUGCUCAACUUUAGGUAUGGGCGGGCACAUUUCAGGAGGUGGAUAUGGUGCCAUGUUGCGAAAAUAUGGCCUUGGAGCGGACAACGUCGUUGAUGCACAUCUAAUUGAUGUUCAUGGUAGACUUCUCAACCGAAAACUCAUGGGAGAAGAUCUUUUCUGGGCCAUCAGAGGAGGUGCAGGGGGGAGCUUCGGAAUUGCCACCGCCUGGAAG